AUGUCUGCAAAAGUAGCUCCGGCCCCGGCGACCAUUUCCUCUCCGUCCCUCACCGCUCUUAACGAUCUUGACCUCCCGGACUUUGAUCCCGCCAUCCAUCUUGCCUUCCAGCCCCCUACUCGACGCCACACCUUUCAGGACCUUGGUCUGCCGCAGCCAGAAAAUGCACCUGAUCUCUGCGUCACAGAACCUUUUCAACUCUUCUCGGAAGAGGGCGUGCGCAUGUUGCGUCGUGAGAUGCUGAGCAAACCGAUUCUCGACAAGUAUCUCCGUUCAUGGGAUCGUGCGCCGGCCUACAUUGCGGGUCAUGAAAAGUCAUUGCCAAAGACUGCAAAGUUUACGCUUCAGGCGUGGCAACAUCCCGCGACGCAAGCUGCCAUCGAUCACGCAGCUGGUUUCGGCCUCCGUCUCUUGCGACGAGAAGCCGAUCUCGGACUCGUAAACAUCCAGCUCGGCCCCGAGGGUCUCCCCGGCGUCUACAAACUCACCGAAACACCCUCAGCCCCUCUCUCACCCCAAGAGAUGCAAAAGUCCAGCUACGACGAUAUACCCAUCGACGCCUGGCACAAAGACCAAGUCCCAGUUGUAUGUGUCGUCAUGCUCAGCGACACAAGCAGCAUGCUAGGCGGUGAGACAGCGAUACGCACUGGAGACGGCUCCAUCGUGAAAGUGAAGAGUCCACGAGUGGGAGGCGCCGUCAUCAUGCAGGGCGGAUGUACUGAGCAUGCUGCUUUACGCGCGACGAAUGUACCGGAGAGAUUGAGCAUGGUGAGUAGCUAUGCAUUUGCGGACCCGAACUUGGAUGAUCAGUACACGUCGCUUCGUAGCGUAGACUUGGGAAAUGAUGAUAUCCCGACGUUUUGUAAUAUUUUCCUGCAGGAGAAGUUACUUAGGUUGAGGGGGCGGAUCGAUGCGGUCUUGGAGACGCUGGUUGAAAAGGAGAAGAGGGGUGAGAUGGUUGAGAGGAGUGAGUUUGAAGGUUGGGUUAGGGAGCAGACUAAUUUUAUGAAGAGGAGUGCUUGGGAGAUGUAUGAGAGGGUGCCAAACUACUUAGGCAAAGAUGUACCUGAGGAUGUUAUCCGAGAUUACCUGAGAUGA